UUUCAGAAUCCCAUUUAUUAAUUAUAAUGGAAAAAGAGGCGAGAGACUGAGUAACUUGAACUAAUAUGAAAAUACAAAACCGGACCGAGACAAGCACGAUUUCUGAGGCUUGUCUGAGGCAGACAGCAGGAUGACAGGGAACGCGUCUCCGGAAGACAGCUGCGUUGCCACGGCAACGAGUAAACUCACGACCGAAGAGGACAUGGCGUCGCUGCUGAAUGUAAAAAGUCAAGCUGAGGAGUUCCAAGGGGAAUACUUCUCCAGAAACAGCCGAGCCGAGGAGAGCAGGCGGACGGAGAACCGGGCGGCCACCCGGAUUCAGAGCUGGUUCAGAACAUGCAAAGUGCAGGCUUACCUCAGCCAUCUGCACAAGAAAGCAAUCAUUAUACAGAAGACAUGGCGCGGCUUCACAGCAAGGGCACGUUUCAGACAAAUGGUGAAGGCGGCAUAUUUUAUCAUGAAGAUGAAUUUGUACGAGGAGAUGGCGGUCAGGAUCCAGCGGAGAUGGAGAGGAUUCUUUGUGAGGAAAUAUGUCCAUAACUUCUAUGCACGCAAGAGAUACCUGGAAGGACUUUCCAUAAAAAAUGAACUUGUCAGGCGGGAGCUGGAUGAACUUGAGGCUCUCCAGAAAAGAGAGAGAGACUGCCUGGACGUCAUAAAAGAGCAGACGGGCAAAGUUUACGAAACUCACCGGUUACAUCACCUCCUUAGUACAAAGCAGUGCCCAGGGGUCUUCAACUCUCCAUUCAGGCCAGUCCCCCAUGAGACAGAGCUGCUGUUGAGGCAGGUCAAGUACCAGGUCCCCACCAGACCUGCUACCAGGGGCAGGGCUUGUCUCUCGGGCACGUCUGACUCAACAGCUCCGAGUUUUCCUGGGAGUCUUGGAUCCCCAUGGAUCAAAACCACCACAACCUCCUCCUCCAGGCCCAUACUGCCCCCCAUUGCCAGCAAGAAACAGCAGGGUCUUUUCAGGCAGCCAGGGGAAGUGUGGGAGCAGUGUGUACAAUGUCCUGACCUGACCCUGCGUCUGCAGACUUCUUACACACACCUGGAGGAGGCCCAGAAUAAGCUACAACGAUACAAGUCCACAAGACUCCACGGGGGCACACUAGGAAAAGGAAAUAUGUCUCAAUCUCUGAGCCACAGCAGCAAUUCCUUUAGGCAUCCACCCUCCACCAAGAGCUUCAGAUAGUAGAUUACACAUGGAUUCCAAAAUGAGUCCAUAGCUCUCUGGCUUGACCAUCACAGCUCUUGGCAGUAUGUACACAGCAUUCCCAGUACUAACCAAGCCCUUUAUUUAGCUUAGCCAUCUGUGUCACAGUAAGAAAGCAUAUUAAUGCAAAUGUGGCCCAGCCUGUCAGGACACACACAUCCACACAUGAUCACAUUACAGUCGCCACCCUUCCGGAAACCCAGUGGGCCCCAAGAUUGUUGUCAAUUAAAGCAGAAAUUAUAUUAUUGGUAAAUUUAUGAAGAAACUAAAAAUUUGAGAACAUUUUUGAAAUUGUCUGAUUUAAAUCACACAUUUAUGAAAUUGUGGGCAUUAGAAACUUAAACGCACUAAAUAGCGAGUUGGUUACAUCUACAGGCAAUUCAAAUGGGAUAUGUAUUUUUCUCUGAGUAACAUUCUGAGUGUAUUUCCUGGAGCUCCCAGAUCACCUCGUGUUUGCCUGCUUGUCUGCUCCAGUCUCUACCUGCCACACUCGCCACACAAUGCACCUUUCCAUGACCUGCUCAUGUCCUACGGUCUCCAGGUUAACUGAACCCCCGUUUAGAGUUCUGUUCCUAUCUUUAUUCAACAGUGUGUUCUUUCAUUUUCAAGCAUUAUUUAUCAAUUUUACACAUUGACAUUUUGUAAUUUCCCUCAAAACCCUGCCUCUCUCUCAAGUAGUCCUUCCUCAAGCACAGAUGUGCUCAAAACGGUUUCCCUGCACCGAUAUACUAUAGUUUGCCCAAAUGUCCUUUGCUUCAGUUGGGGUCCUUCUCCUUUCACUCAGGCUGCUUAUAUGGACUGGCUAAACUUCUGCUCUCAGAUUUCUACUCUCCUCUUGGAAUUUGAAUAAGAUCUCCCUGUCAGAAUUCCCCAAACAACAGAUAUGACGUUGACCAAUAAAAAUCAUCACUGCCUCAGUGCAGCCCAGCCUUCUUUGGCUCUGUCCUGCAAAUAGCAUUCUCUCUUUGCCCUCAGCCUUUGCCUGCCAGAUCCUUCAUCUCCCCAAUGAAUCUUUAUCACUUGUACCUGUGUUAGGUUUAUCCAUUAAACCAUAAAAAAUAAAGAAUUUCUUUAUUGAUAAAUCCGAUUACAAAGUAUGCUUAUUUGAUUAGGUAAUCUACUGUAGGUGGUUUGUGGCAUAAACAAACAUCAUUUCAGAGUCUUUUAUUGAACAUUUACAACUUUUUUCUCAUAGUAUUCCUUUAUGGCUUCUUAAUAUCCUUUUCUUUACCUUCAAUGGGCCUCUUAAAGUAGGAAAGUUUCAUGCUCCCAGAACUGUAAUGUUCAUUGUAGGAGAAAAUACUCAAAUGUUUCUAAGCUUUUGCACCAAAAAUGACUAAUUACAAAUGCAGAUUUGGGAAAGCCCUCUCUGUACAUGCAAAUUUUGUGGUUGUGUUAUUAGCUAUGUCACCAGCGGUACUGCCUGUAACCAUAGAGGAUAGCUAAUUAGGAGGCUACGUGCUAAUCAAGUACACUACAGUGAGUGGUCACGUCUGUGUCUGUCGGUGCUCCAAGCCUUUCCUUCCCCUCGCAUUAGACUGACACCUGUCACAACUUUCAAAAGCUAGCAUCUGAGCAGAACCAUCACACACACUCAUACACACCAGAACACGUUUGUACGGGCAUCCCUGCUUUCCUGAACACAUGCACAUACACAUAUACAAUGUAUACCCAUGAAAACAUGCAUAUAUACAGACUCCUGCUGAUCGCCUAGCCGCAUAUACUCUUUAAUGUUGCCCCAGGAUUGUCCUUGUUGCCUCCUCCCGCUACAACACCCACUCAAACACACACCCCCUCUCACACCAUAGUCUCCUCCCAGCUACUCUGGUGUGGCUUUAUGAUUAUCAUUAUUGUGUUGUGGGUACAAAGCUUCAGGCAACAGGGACAGAAAAAGUGUGUCUAGAUACACACACACACACACACACACACACACACACUGGCUCACUAUUAAUGGCCUCAGCCGUAAUGUAUCACAAUGAUGCAUACGACUGAGGGAUCUUUUUAAUGGGAACAGUAUUCAUUAGCGUUUAAUACCUAAACUGAAAUAGGCCACAAGAAGAGACAAUGGAACUAGGUGGGGCAGGGGCAGCAAAUGUGUGAACCCCUAUGUGUCCAACGUUUAUCUGUGUGUCUGUGUACGUAUUUCAUAUGUUAUCAUGUUCUUCCAUUUAUCCAGCUCUGCUGCAUUAGUGUCUAGGUAACUGCAGUGAGAGAAAAAGAACACUAAUUCUCAAUAACCAUUUUAUGGCAUGUGUAAAACUCUGCAGCCCCUUCAUUUGCACAGCCGUAAAACAUUCCCCCUGCCACACUACUUCCUACUCAGGACCUCAGAUUUAUCAAUUAACACAACACUUUGCUUCCAUUACGGAGGCCUGCAUACAGAGUAACGAUGAGAGGCGAGUGCACACACAUGAUAUUAAAUGGACAGUCUCAAUUAAAUGAUUAGCAGUCAUAUUUUGGUAUGACUUAAGAGAAUGAAUGACAUUAAACUAUAAUAUUUAUGUCCAUGCUGUUGGACCCGACUUGACCAGAUUAACUUGGGUCACUUCCGACCAGUUUUUUCUUCCUUAAUUGUAUGAAUUUGUGUCAAACACCUGUUUAAAACUAAUACAUUAAAGUGAUGAUGGCAAAUUAUCUUUGAAAAUAUUCAAAAUCCCGCCUUGUGUAGGAUUCAGUAGAAUGUCUAGAUAUAGUAUUUUAGGCCUUCAUGUAACCUUUAGGCCUAAUUCAAGGCCUUCCCAACUCAAAUUAUUAGAUGGAAAACAAAUAAACUAGCAAACGAAACAAAAAAAAUUGAGAAUGGAUUAAGUAUUAUUACACAUGUGAACCUUAAAUCAUUUCCAAGUAAUCACAUUAUCUUUUAGUAACUCUAAUUGGCAUUAGAGUUGCUCUGAACAUUACAAAUACAACUAAGAGGUAGAGUUAGACAAAUAAAAUCUCUAGAAAUUUCCCAAGCAAUUUAAUAAUUGUUUAUUUAUAGCAAGGAGUACGGAAUUAUUAAAAUUCAGCUUGGAAUUAUCUAGUUUAGAUUUACUGUACUAAAGAGUGAGCAGUACAUGACAAUUUUAAUGAUGAAAAUACAGUAUUGUAUGUUGAAAUGUGAUCAUCUUAACACAUGUACUUAGACAACACAACCACUAUCAGUGCAAUAUGUUGCAUUAAAAUAGAGACUUAGUAUUUCAGUCUAGCAAGUUAUUUCUAUCAGUCUCAACGCAUCUCUCUCAAAAAAAUAUUGAAAGGUUAAAAAAAUUACAGAAAAUAUGUAUACUACAGGAAACACAACAAUAAGCCAAGACAAAAAAACUUCGGAUACAUUUAUAAAAUUCUUUGUUGUCAUGGUGAUUCUGACGCGAUGUCAAGAUAUAGCUAUUUAGAUAGUUCCCUCUCUGUGUGUACGUGGAUGUACAAGAAAGCAGGCAGACAAGCAGAAUAAGGAUGUCUUUGCUUUAUUGGACCGCCUGUCCCUGUGCCGAUAUGCUCCACUGAACCAUACUGUAUGUAGUGUGGUAUAAUCACCGCCUAUCUCUAUCUCCUGCCAUCACUCUUUCUUUCCCUCGCUGUCUUGUUUAUUUGCACACUUGUUCUCUUUUUCUCAGCCUUCAUCCGCAGUACCUAGCUCCAACUUUUUUCAGCCCCUCUGACCCCCACCCUCUUUCUCUUAAACUAGGUGUUUUGAGUUUGUGUGUGUGUGCACGCAUGCUAUCAAAUAGCUGAGUGCACAAUACUCAUACACAGACACACAGGCUUACUUGAGAAACAUGACAGCCCUCUCAUACAGCAGUAUGUUUGUGAUUGAAGUCAACACUAGCUGUGAAAUGCAAAUGGAUGUGUUGAAGCUCUGGUGCAAACAGAUGCAGAGGAUACAGCAGACAGGAUACAUAGACUUACACGUAUGUACUGCCAUCAAAAAAGGGAAAUAAUACAUUCUUCCAAUAGGAUGUAGAUGUGUUUUGAUACUCGCGUUGCCUGUGUUGUGUUCACUCUUCGGUUUGUCCUGAGAAAUCAUUGCACGUUGUUUCACCUAUUAGUAAUUUCAUAAUUAUUUAAAAUUUUAUUCCCACUCAUUAUUUUAUCCGUCAACCGUAUCUAUCUAUUUUGAACCAAUUUGUGGGGAC